AUGCAAGGACUGUCAUCUCUCCCCCCGGAAAUCAUCCUCCACGUUACUGAUUUCCUGGACUACGAAUACGAAAUCAAUGCCCUUUCCCGUGCGAAUCGCCACUUCCAUCGGCUGUUAACUGCCGAGCUGUACAAAGCCACCGUCCACAGGGCCAAUGCCGCGCAAGGAUCCCGGAAUUCGAAUGCCCUUCUCUGGGUGGCUGUCCGCGGUGUAGAACAGACAUUUCCGAAGCUUCUCGCGGCUGGUUCGCGGCUGGACUCUGUGCUGCUGCCGGUCGCUGCGGCUUAUGGACAGGACGCGAUCGUUAAGCUGCUGUGCGAACAUCGACAUGGGGCUGACGCUGAGGUUGAUCUUAAUCAGUAUCUUGACUGGAGAGACAGGCUUGACCUACUGGGAGCGGUAGAGCGUGAAAUCAUCGGGACGCCUUUGACGCUUGCGGCUCAGUAUGGACAUGAAUCUGUUAUUCAACCACUAUUAAGCUACGGGGCGGAUAUAGACUCGAGGGGCCUCGAGGGCCGGACGGCAUUAGCGGUUGCUGCAGAGUCUGGAUUUCUUUCUAUUUGCAAAGUCCUGCUGAGCCACGGGGCUGAUGUUGAGGCUGUUGGUUAUAAUCACGCUACGCCGCUUCAUCUGGCUUCCCGAGCCGGGCAUACGGAGAUAGUCAGGGCUUUACUUGAGAAACACGCAGAUGUGGAUCACCAGGACCGCUUUCGGCAUUCAACCCUCGCGGUGGCUGCAGCGGGUGGGUGUGUAGAAACAGUCCAGUGCCUGCUUGAUUAUGAGGCGCUGCCGAACAUGCAAAUGCUGAUGGCGUGUGCGAGAUAUCAACGCGCCGAAACGCUGAAGCUUCUCAUCCGGCAUUUCGAUUACCCCCGUUCUGCACAGAACCAGGCAGAGCUGACGACAGUUGCUUGUGCGGCAGCUGCCUGUGGGUUGAGUGACCUGUUGGCCGAAGUUAUAGGGCUAGAUUGGGAAGUGAAUUCCGUUCCUGUUCGCGGGUAUCUCGAACGUGGCGAUGCUUUUGAUCGAUACUGGACACCCUUGGCAUAUGCUUCUUCCUUUGGCUAUUUGGAUAUCGUGCGGAUGCUUCUCUCACACGGUGCCAAUGUCAAUGGGAUGCGGUAUCGCGCCUACCUCCCAGAUCGAGAUGCUCCAGCGAGCCCCCUUUCAUGCGCAGUAAAAGGGGGCUGGACGGAUAUUGUCACAUUAUUGUUGGAACGUGGUGCCAACAUAUCUUUCGCAAUGGCCAAUGCAAGGGACAAUAAGAUACUAUGUGACGCCGUUGCAUACGAGCCUAUCCUGAAGGCGUUACUGGAUCGUGGAGCACUGGAAUGUACUCCCUUCAGCCCUACGCUGGAAUAUCUGGCGGCAGAGGCGGUGCGAGCAGGCAACGCAAAAUCAGUCCGGAUGCUCAUUGAUGGGCGUGUCGAUAUCUGGAAAAACGGGUUCCAGCUAGAAGAGGGCAGGGGAUCUGCAAAUGUCCUUGCAGAAGCCAAGGGCGCGGUACUCGAUGUUUUAGUGCAGGCCGGUUGUCUCCCUCGAGCUGGAGAGGAAACUGAGAUUAUCACCACAUGCUCUGCCGUUACAGCUGCCAACAUCCCCCUGUUGCAACAUCUCAUCUCUCGCGGACUUGACAUUUCCCCUCGGUCUCCGGAGCUGCGAUACCAACUUCUACGCCGGGUUGUCACCAACCACUACGUGGAGCGGGCAGAAAUCAGUCUGGACUUCCUACUUGGGGAGGGCUUGGAAAUCAACACACUCGAUAAAGACGGCCAGACUCUAUUACUGUCGACCCUGCACCAUCAAGCCACAUAUUUUAGAGACGGAACUAUUGGCCUGUUGGUAGAUCGCGGUGCGAACCCCUGUUUUCAAGAUACGCAGGGGAACUGUCCGCUUGUCGCCGCUGUACACAAUGAAGCCGCCUCGAGCGACACAUCCAUCUCUUUGCUACGUGGAAUUGAGGCCCAGAAGAUUCCAUUCGAGGUGUUCGCCCCUCAGGUUUUGAAGGCUAUAUCUGCUGCUGAGGAGUGUGGCAAUCGGGAUGAUAGACUCCGGAUCCUGAGGCGGUUUUACUGGCGGAGGAGAUAUCCAGUGUAG